UUGGGUUCUUUAGGUUGUGAAAUGUUGCGAAAAUGUGUACUAGGUUUUUGUUUGUCAUUUAUCGGAAUAUCCAAUUUUGUAACCGGAAACAACGUCACUUUGACGUCAUUGAACGUAUUUGAAGGAGAAAUCAAGAAUUUAAAGUUGAAUUGUUCAAGAUCAGAUGAAGAAAUAAAGACUGUUAAUUCAGAGGAUAUUAAAAUUGGUGGGAUACUUAUAAACAAUGAAUCAAAACCAAUUGACUACGGAGAAUUCAUGUGUGUUAAUGGGAGUGUGGUUAUUCUUGUUAAAGGAGGUCACCUGGGUAUUACACACUUGCAUGUGGAUACAAAGAUUGGAAUUCAUUCGAAUGUGAUUAAAUCUGAAUCGGUAACAAUAAAUGUUCUUAGGAAAAUUACAUUAUUUGAUGAACUAGCAGUGUUUAUCCUGGGUCCCCUUAUUUUAUUAAACAAAUGCGCAUUCGGUGCAAAAAUUGAGGUGGAAACACUGAAAAAAAUCGUCACCCAACCUGUGGAGAUAUGUUUAUGUCUUGUUACCCAAUUCGUGUUGCUACCAUUGGUAGCAGUUGGGCUCGGAUUUGCCUUUAAACUUGAACAGACGAUGGCUCUAGCACUUCUCGUAUCCGCUGCUUGCCCGGGUGGGGGAGGAGGUUAUGUGUUUAGCUUCCUAGUCGAUGGUGACAUUACUCUUGCCAUCACUGAGAGUUUGGUAUCCACAUUAGUCGCAAUGCUUGCGAUGCCAAGUGUGCUCGGUCUUUACACAAGUCUUGUAACGAUCCCAAACCAUAUUGUGAUCCCUUACAUUAAAAUUCUUCUCAUGUUGGUGGCCAUAGCAACCCCAAUAUCACUUGGAAUGUUGCUGCGUAGGAAGAAACCUGCGCUGGCCAAGAAGCUUGUUGUAAUCAUUCGUCCUAUGAGUCUUUUUCUUAUCUUUGCUGGGUUAGUUAUCGUUGUUGUAACAUCCAAGUAUGUUUUGUACGGCCCAAGAAUUGGAUUUCUACUUGCUUUAAUCAUUCCUGUCAGUGGAUUUCUUAUAGCAAUUGGUCUUGCUCAGUUAUUCUCCAUAAACUGGCCACUCACUAAAGCUAUUGCACUUGAGGGUGGACUUAAGAACACAGUGCUUGGAGUUGCAGUUAUUGAGUUAUCUUUUCCCCAGCCUCAAGCUGACCUUGCUUCAAUAUUAAUCAUCAUGGUAACGGUUGGGCAAAUAGUUGCAGCCAUGUGUUGGUAUUUGUUCCAUGUUAUCAAUCAAAGGUUGCAACAGAAAAAGUUCCGGACACCAGCCAAGGAUUUACAUCAAGAUAGACAAGAGACCGAAUUGUUUCUUCUUCAAAACGAAGAGUAAUUUUUAACCAACUGGCGAAGAAAUGUCAGUGAAAUAAGUUUUGUAUUAAAAGGAUAGAUUUUACUUGUUAGUUGUAUAAACCAAACAAAGCAGUUUUAAUGCAGAGAGUUUGCCAUUUAUGCUUGCCUGUUUUUGUUGACCAACAUUUGUUUCGAUAGAAGCUGCCUAGGUCUAUGCACAUGAGUGAUGUUUUGUAGACAUUUUUAAAACCCAAUGCACGAGUUGCAGAAAUCACUGAAAUUCUUGUUUUAAAUGUUUUCGUCACCAAAUUAAAUUAAGUUUUAUUCCAAACUUUAUGUAUUGUUCAAGUUGUUUGUUCCAAUUUAACAGUUACAGUUCCGCAUUUGGUUUCUUUCCCUUUGUUGCCAAACAAUGGACAUUAUGAUCGUAGAACACAGUCAUUGUUCCAUAACACUGAGCACUGUUUACACUUUCAAAUGCAAUAUUAUGACAGUGGUACUUUUAUUGAAUGUAUUAUGUGUGUGUUUUUACACCAGUUGUAGUUAUAUUGUUAUAAAUAUUAGAAACAUUUUACCUUUUAUCGGAACAUGACUAAACAGUUUGUUUUUUUCAAAUUGAAACCAAAUCUUUAAUUGAAAUAUAAAAUUUUACUUUUGUCACUAAUUACGGUGCGUAUAAAAAUAGAAGAUUUUAAUAAGAAACUGGGGUGCCAAAACAAACUAUCUAAUUAACAAUUGGACUAAAUAUGAAAAAAAUUAGACACCUCUAAUAUGCCACAAAUGGCACUAGUGUCUACAUAUUUUUUUUUAAAUUGUUUAGAAAUGUUGUAUUUUUAAAGAAAGAUUUUAAGGAAGUAGUGUUGAAUAUGACAUUUUAAGGUAUUUUAAAUAUGCUAACCAGACUUUUUAUGUCCACUGUUAUUUAAAAAGAAUUUAUUUUCUACAUAUGACCAUGUUGUUAUAAAGGUUUGUGUUUAAUCAAUAUAUCAUGUCGGCGUAUUAUUAUACAUAAGUUUUCAGCAACAUUUGGAAACUGUUUUUUUUUUGUAUUUAUUGUUGAAUUUGUUGUAUUAAAAAGUUAAUGUUAUUAUACUUUUUUCAAUUCAAAUUAAUAUAAACAAAUACUAAGAGACUCUGCACUUACGAAUCGUUACGAUACAUUAAACACUGCUAUCUAAGUAUCUAUUACAUUACUCAUUGUCUAAUAUAUCACUGAUAUUAUUAUGUCGUCAUAUUAUUACGAAGUGCCCUGUCAUGUUGUUAGUGUGUUUGUGAGCGUUGUAAAUGGUUAAAUACUGAGCACAGGUUUUAUUUUUGUGACUUUUUCAUGGAUUAAAUUAAUGAAAACAAUA